UGCAGCAGACUCCAUCUCUUUACGUUCCGCACCGACGUCAGGCUUCAUCGCUGGCCGGAGAAGGGAUUCUGCCGUGUCCUCCAUCUCCAUGGCGCUGCCCCGCCGUCGGUCCAAGCGGCGCCAGUCCUCCUCCCAGUCCAAACUCUUCCGCUCACGGUUCGGAUCCUUCGGUUCGCGGAAACUGGGAGGGACGCCGUCUGCACGGCCGCUAUAUAAGGCAUAUGCCAGUAAAUCCCUGACCCCGGAAGUAGUUACCCUGGCCAUCCUGGUGGACCUGCAGCUGGCCUGUGGUGCCUGGCGCAUGGAUGCACUUCUGGCCAAGGCGCUAGGGGUCUCCCUUGAGCAGCUGCAGCGGUCGAACCCGAUGGUGACGCCGAAGAAGGUGCUGAACCUGGCCUGCGACAGCCGCAUCUGCCUGCAGCCCUUCCAGACCGUCAAAUCGCACAGGAUCACCAAGAAGCGCCAGAGGCAGAUGAAACAUGGAGCACUGAAGGAAUCCGGUAGGCGGCGCCACGAGAGGUCCAGCCCUGACCAGAACGGGGAGCAGAACGGGAAGACUUCCUCCUCCGAUGAAACCAUGCAGGUGGAGAAGACCAACUCCGUGGAGGCUAAAGAUGAAGAGGACGAGGAAGCUGUAACAAGAGAAGAGGAAAGUAGAGCGGAAACGGAUAAGAAAUGUACCGAGGAGAUCCUUAGACUCUCCGAGCAGAUACAGAAACUGUCGCUGGAUGUCGAACUGGACGAGGUGUACCAGAAAGCGCAUGCGCAGCCCAAGUCACGUGGGAGGUCCAUGUCGGUGACCAUCUGUGAGUUCGAUAGGUCGCCGACGUCGCCUAGCAACCUGCCUAGCAACCAGCAGAGACGGAAGAGCCUGUCUGACGGGUUCGGUCCGAUCAUACCAUUUGAUCCGGAGGGGAGGCGUAUGCAGAUUACUCAUCCCAAGUUGGAGCCUAUCAUUGCUUUAGCAGUGGACGGUGUCGAGCACAGAGUUGCACCGAAAAAGCCGAAACGCUCUUCUGUCUGCGAAGCCAAUAUCAGCAUGGCAACAAAAGAAAAAGGACAAGAAUCUUCAGAAAACGGCCAAGAGCCAGAAAAGUCGGAAGCCCAUCCUCAUAAAGAUCCAGCAGAAUCCGAGACGCGGGAGCGGACCAACAGCAACACAAGCACCCGCAGUACCGGAAGUGUUCGCUUCAAGAACGUGGAUGACCCGGAAGCAGAAGCGGACAGGACGGAGGGUGUCUCGAAGUGGAAGUACGACUCGAGGCGGAGCAGCGCCUUCAGUGUUCAGAGCGGGGCCAGCUACACCAGCGAGGCGUCUCAGGCGGACGGAGGGAGGGGAUCCUCGGGGGAGGAGAGCCCUUGUCCCGAGGCGGAGGACAACACGGAGAGCAUGGCCUGGGCAACGGCACUUGUACUCAGCUGGCUCGAAUCAAAAUGUUCCAGCUACCUCCAGGAGUGGGACCUGCUUGCCGCCAAGGCGAUCACGUGGCUCGGUGACCUUUCACCCCAGCUGCCCAAGGGGUUCGACGCGGGAAGCGUGAGGACCUCUGCUGCGCAGGCGCUGGUCCUCCUGCAGAGCAAGGACGGGAAGGACGGCAAGGUCAUCAACAAGAAGACACAGAGCACCCGUCUGUAACAUGCCGUCACAGGGUCAAGGGUCAACAGGACGUGUUCACGUGACGUCAUCUGUGUGUCGCCGCCAUGUUUUUUUUUUUUUGCAUUUAA